UUGCCUGCUUCUUCCCGAAAGAAAGAUGGCGGCAGCCUGAGCUGAGCCGCUGCUGGCGUCGCGGACGCUCCGCUGCGCUCCCCGGACCCUGCUCUGCGGGAGGCCGACUGUUAACCGCCUCCUGAGGUCUGAAUCCUGUGCUAUCUACCUUGAGCUUUCCAAACUGCGCUGGUCCUCGGAGCCCUUGGUAGGGCCCAAGGCUUGGAUUUGAACUGUGAUCUCCCGCUGAGCUCUGCUCCUCCCUAUCCCCACUCCCGGCCCAUACCUUGCCCGCUACUUCACAGCCUGGCCCCUUGGCCAUGGCUUCUGGGAAAGCCACCCUCUGUGGCCUGGCUGUACACUGCUUCUGGCUCCUGGGUUUUGUCCUUUUGAUGGAGGUUUCUGCACGGCCGGCCAAUCACUCAUCCCCCCGGGAGAGAGCAGCCAACAGAGAGGAAAAGGACCUCCUGCCCCCAGACCAUCUGAAUGGGGUGAAGCUGGAGAUGGACGGGCACCUCAACAAAGAUUUCCACCAGGAAGUUUUCCUGGGGAAGGAUGUGGGUGGCUUUGAUGAGGAUGCAGAGCCACGCAGGAGCCGGAGGAAGCUGAUGGUCAUCUUCUCCAAAGUGGACGUGAACACAGACCGGAGGAUCAGUGCUAAGGAGAUGCAGCGCUGGAUCAUGGAGAAAACAGCUGAACACUUCCAGGAAGCCGUGAAGGAGAACAAGAUGCACUUCCGGGCUGUGGACCCUGAUGGCGACGGCCACGUGUCCUGGGAUGAAUACAAAGUGAAGUUUUUGGCAAGCAAAGGCCACAAUGAGAAAGAGGUUGCUGAUGCAAUCAGGAACCGUGAGGAGCUGAAGGUGGAUGAGGAGACACAGGAAGUCCUUGAGAACCUCAAAGACCGCUGGUACCAGGCAGACAAUCCCCCUGCAGACUUGCUGCUGACAGAGGAUGAGUUCCUGUCUUUCCUUCACCCUGAGCACAGCCGGGGCAUGCUCAAGUUCAUGGUCAAGGAGAUUGUCCGGGACUUGGACCAGGACGGAGACAAGCAGCUCUCUCUGCCUGAGUUUAUCUCCCUGCCUGUGGGCACUGUCGAGAAUCAACAGGGCCAGGACAUGGACGACAGUUGGGUCAGAGACAGGAAGAAAGAGUUUGAGGAGCUGAUUGACUCCAACCAUGAUGGGAUUGUGACCAUGGAGGAGCUGGAGACCUACAUGGACCCCAUGAACGAGUAUAAUGCCCUCAACGAAGCCAAGCAGAUGAUCGCCAUUGCUGAUGAGAACCAGAACCACCACCUGGAGCCUGAGGAGAUCCUCAAGUACAGCGAGUUCUUCACGGGCAGCAAGCUGAUGGACUACGCCCGCAAUGUGCAUGAGGAGUUCUGAACACCAUGGCCCUGCAGCCCCCUUGCCCCCAAGGGGGCAUGGGCCAGCAUAGCCAGGGCCAGCGCUGGUCUCCUACCCAGGAGCACCCUAGAACCUCCCUUUUGCUGCUGCCCAUGACUACAUGCUUGGGCUCAGCUGGGGCUGUGCUACAGCCUGGGUUUAUUAAAGUUGUGCUUAGCAGGCUGUGUCCCUCUGCGGUGCCUGUUCCCAUAGGCUGCCUCCUGCCCGGUCACCUGGCAGUGUCUCUGUCCUGUGCGCUGACUGCUGCUUCUGCUUUUGAGAACUGCUGAGCCCUGCUGAAGGCACUGAUCAUGUCAGGGCGUGGAACUCUGGGGUGGCCACCGUGGGAAAUCACACAGCUCCUGCUGUUUCCUUGAAAACUGAAAGAUUAAGAUGAAACUAGACGCACUUUGCUGGAAAUGAGUAGCCAGGCAGCGCGGAAGGCGCCGCCUCCUUCCUGGGCUGGGGCUGGGGUGUGUGGGGUGGGGUCCUCCUCAGCUUGCAGUCUCUGAGAAAGAGACUUGUCACAGGAAUCAUUAGUUUACUUUAAAAUACAGUUGCCUUUUUCUCA